UAUAAAUAUAAUAAAUGAAAAAAAAAAAAUACAAAAAUAAAAUGCAAAUUAAAUAUGAUCGCAAAAUAUUAAAAAGUUAUGAAAAAAACUAUUAAAAUAUAUUUUUAAUAAUAAAAAAGUUAUUCUGAAAAUUUAAUUAGGAUGAAUAAAAAAAAAAAUUAACAAAAUUAAUAAAAUGAACAAGAAACUCUUUCUGAAUUUUGUUUCUACAUAUAUAUAUGUGUAUAUACAUAUAUAAUAAUUUACGGUACAAGAAAUAUCUUAAUUAAAUCAUAAAAAAAAACACAAAACAUAAUAUUAUAAAAUUUAUAUUAUUAAAAAAAACUAUAAAAAACAGCUUUUAUUUCGUACAAAACCUAAUAUACAAGUCAGUUAAAAAACAAAAUAAAUUAACAAAAAUUAAUUAUAUUGAUAUAUAAAAGAAAAUAACAAAGCGGUAGCAGAUGUUCAAUCUAAAAUUAUAAUUAAAAAUUUUAAUAAUUUAGUGCAUUAUGGCUUAAAAAUUGGAAAAUUUUAUAAUUAAACAAUAUUUAUUUAUAAUAAUUGUGAAAAGGAUACCAAAGUAUCCUUUCCAGUACCCAAAGAAUUAAUACCAAAAUCGUUUUGAAACAAAACCUAAAAAAAAAAAAAACUGAAAAUUAAAAAUUAUUAAUUUUUCAACCUUUUAAUUUUAUAAUAUUUUAAAAUUUAUAUAAAAAUGCGAAAAUAGAAAAAGUGUAAAAAAUUAAGUGAAUAACUCAAGAUUUAUAACCAAAAAAUUACCGUAUAAGCCCGUUGUGUAACCAGUAAUAUAAUUUUUGUUCUUUAAUUUAUUUUAAUUAAUUAUUUAUUAUUGAUAAAACGAUUCGUAUAAAAAAUUUGAUAAAUAAUGAAAUUUAGAAAAAUAUUUUAAUAAUGUUAAUAAUAACAUAAAUUUUGAUUUAUAUUUGUUGUUUUUUUUUUUAUUGUUUUCAUUAUUUUUAUUUAGUUAUUUAUUUAUUUAAUUUAUUUAUUUAUUUUAAAAAAUAAUAUAAUAAUAAUAUGGAGUCAAUUACUGGUAUAAUUGAACAAACAACUUUAAGCGAUCAUCAUCAAUUAAUUAUUGAUACAACAUCAAUUGAUUCAACAACAUCCUCAACAUCGCCGCCACCACAAUUAAUUAAUACAAAUUCAAAUAAUGAUGAUUUAACAAUUGAUUUAUCAUCACCAGAAAUCGUGUGCAACUUAAAUAAUAAUAAUAAAAAUAAUCAUAAUAAUAAUCAUUUAAACCAUAAUAAUAAUAAUAAUAGUAGUCAUCACAUUCAAUAUAAUACAAAUAAUAAUAUAAAUAAUAAUAAUCAUCAUCAUCAACAACAACAGCAAAUACAACAAAAUCAUCAAAAUUUAAUAGAGGAUAAUAAUAACAAUAAUAAUAAUAAAAAUAAUAAUGAUAUUAAUCAUUUAAGUUUAAUAAAUAGACAUAACAAUCAUAGUAAUAAUAAUAAUCGAAAUAACAAUCGAUUUAAUAAUAGUAGUAACAAUAAUAACCAACAACAACAGCAAGAAUGUCAAGAUACUGCGACAAUAACAGCUGCAUCAAUAACACUUGGACCAUUAUCAGUUAGUACAAGUGGUCAUAAUACAAUACAUACUAAUUUAAAUCAUCAUUCACAACAACAACAACAACAACAACAGCAGCAUCAACAGCACCAUCAUCAUCAUCAGAACCACCAACAUCAUCAACAACAACAAAAUAAUAAUAACAAUCAACAGCAUAAUAAUCCCUCAAAUCCACAUUCACAACAUCAUCAAACACAGCAGCAACAUCAUCAACAAAAUCAACAGGCAACAAAAAUAAUUGCUCAUAGCAGUGGCAUUACUGUUCUUAAUAAUAGUAAUAAUAAUAAUAAUAAUAUUAGUAAUGAUAGUAACAGUAACAAUAAUAAUAAUAAUAAUAGUAAUAAUAAUAAUGUUAUUGAAAUUAGUCCAAAUGAUAAUAAUAGUGAUAGUGUUAUAUCAACAUUGGAAUUAAUAAAGCAAGAACAUAAAUUAGCAAACAUUGAUAUUAUUGUAAAUGAUGUAAAUACAACUGGAGGCAGUAGUGUUAGUGUUAGUGGUGGUGGCGGUAGUGCUGGUGGCAAUAGUGUUAAUAGUAUCAAUAGCAGUGAUUCAAUAUCACCAAAUAGUAUCGAUAAACAAAUGCAUCAUAAUAAUCAUCAUCAGCAGCUCCAUCAAUCAGUAACUCAAAACAGUCGGCAACAUCAUCAACACCAUAAUCAGCAGCAGCAACAGCAAAAUCAUCAUCAUCAACAUCAUCCUCAUCAUCAUCAUCAUGAAGCCUUAUCAGUUAUUGUACAACCUCAUGAUGAUUCACAUGAUUCACAAUUACUAUCACCUGGUAAAUUAACGCCAUCUUCAACAACUGAAAUUGCUGAUGGUUCAGAUUUUACACGUUCUUUACAUGAACCAACUUAUCAGACUUUAACAUCAGUUAAUGGACGUAUGUCACCGCCUGGAUUUUCACCAACAUCAUCAUCAUCGUAUGCAACUUUAACACCAUUACAACCUUUACCACCAAUAUCUACCAUGUCAGAUAAAUUUGCGUAUGGUGGUCAUGCAAGCAAUAUCAGUAAUUCAUUUAAUAGCAUUAUACAAAAUAAUAAUAGUAAUAAUAAUUUAGGUGGUUUAAGUUUAAGUAGUUUAAGUGGUGUACAAUCACCAUAUAAUUAUGAUAAAUUACCGUCAAUUGGUAUGGUAUCACCACAUAAUUAUACAUCACCAACAAAUACAUUAUCUGGUAUUGGUAUAUCACAGCAACCAUCACCAUUAUCACCUCAAAGCUCUUAUAGUCAUAAUGAACUAUCAUCACCUCAAAAAAGUAUAUCACCAUCCGGUUAUGAUUCCCCAUACCAUCAGCAUCAUCAUCAUCAUCAGCAGCAGCAACAACAGCAACAGCAGCAACAACAUCAUCAUCAACAUCAUCCUAGAGAUAUUAUUAAUACUCGUCAACAAUUAUUGCAGCAUAGUCCACAAUUAAGUCCACAAUCGAAUUCACUUAAUCAUUCACCAAAUGAUGGAAAUUCAAUUGUGACCGGUUUUAAUAGUAAUAGUCAAGCAAAUUUAAAUGUUAUUAAUAGUUUAGCAUCGAUAACAGCAGCAACAAUAACAACACAACAUCAUAAUAAUAGCAAUAAUAGUAAUAAUAAUUCAAAUAGUAAUGGUAAUAUUAAUUCACAAAUUUCACCAUUGGCUCAGUCUGGUUUAGUACAAAUUUCUCAUAUAACAAAUCGUGAUAAUGAUAUUAUAACCCAAUCACCAUCGCCUCCACCAAUGAUAACAAUGCAUCAACACCAUCAUCACUCUCAUCAACACCACCAACAGCAACAAACAAAUAACGAUCAACAUCACCAUCACCAUCAUCAUCAUCAUCAUCAACAGCAACAACAACAACAGGAGCAACAUAAUUCUUCUGGACAAAUUAUAACAAAGCCAACACUAGCAAAUAAUAAUAAUAGUAAUAAUGGCUUAAUAGUUACACAUCAUAAUGGCCAUCCCGUAAAUAACAUGACCUCAAUAAUACAAGGAAAUACAAAUAACAAUCAUAAUAGUAAUAACAAUAAUAAUAAUAAUAACAGUAAUAAUAAUAACAUUAACGCAAUUAUUGGAACACAUUGUGCUAAUAGUAGUCCCAUCACUGUUACAACAUUAACAAGUGAUAUUGAAGAAAUCAAUACAAAGGAAUUAGCUCAAAGAAUAUCAGCUGAAUUAAAACGUUAUAGUAUACCACAAGCAAUUUUCGCUCAACGGGUUUUAUGUCGUUCACAGGGUACAUUAUCCGAUUUGUUAAGAAAUCCGAAACCUUGGUCAAAAUUAAAAUCCGGUCGUGAAACAUUUCGUCGAAUGUAUAAAUGGUUACAAGAACCAGAAUAUCAAAGAAUGUCUGCGUUACGUAUGGCAGCUGCUCAAAUUCCACAACGGGGUAGUUGCAAAAGGAAAGAAGAAAUUCAUCAGGACCAUAUGCCACAGCCAAAAAAACCACGAUUGGUUUUUACAGAUUUACAAAGACGAACUUUACAAGCUAUUUUUAAGGAAACCAAGAGGCCUUCAAAAGAAAUGCAAGUAACAAUUGCAAGACAACUGGGUUUAGAGCCAACUACUGUUGGCAAUUUCUUUAUGAAUGCAAGACGUCGUUCAAUGGAUAAAUGGAAAGACGAUAGCGAUUCAAAAUCAUUUCAUCAUUCUGAUGGUUUAUCACCGGGUAAUCAACAUUCACUAGAUUUCGAUGAUGAUGACAACGAAAAUGAUGAUGAUGAUGACAAUGAUGAUGAUGGUGGAAUGGAUUUAGAUCUAGGUCAUGACAAUGAUUUUGAUUUGAAUGAUCAUGAUCAUGAUGAUGUUGAGAACCAUGAUGAUAUGUUGUGACAAAAUAUCGUAAUAAUUAUUAUUAUUAUUAUUAUUAAUUACAAAAAUAUAAAUGUUCUAAUAUUAAUAUUGCUUAUUAUAAGAUAUUAUUAUUAUUAUUAUAAUUACUAUUAUUACUAUUAUUAUCAUUAUUUUAAAAAAUUAUAUCCAGCAUUAAAUUCUUAUUAUUAUUAUAAGUUAAAACAAAAUGACAAAAAGAAAACAA